AUGUACAUGCCCAACACGCGCUGGACCUGGGCCUUCAUGCUCACGGCCAUUGCCCAGGUCUGCAUCGCACUGGCUCUAGAAUCCUAUGUCUUUGGCAAAUUCCAGGCCAACAUUCACUUUGCCGCUGAAGGUGCCGGAGCCAACGAAACCCGCACCAUUCCCACAUUCCUGGCCGUAUUCAUGUUCGGUUACAUCUACCAGCUCUACCUGACAUGGGACGCCCUGCGCCUCAAGAACACGAUUCAAGUCAUUGGACUCGUCCUAUACAACAUCGGCAUUCUCGUGUACGCGGGCAUCCAGUACGACCAGAUCAAGGAUGCAGCCGACGAUCUCAACCGCAGCCGCUUCAUCCCCCCCGAUUUCUGGGUAGAUGUCAAGCCCAUGCUGAUUGCGCUUCCUGUGCUCAUGGCCGUGGCCACGCUUGUCUUUGCUUUUGAGGCCUGGAAGCUCUAUGACGAGUUCGCCUGGACCAUCUACAAGCGCAUCAGUGCUGAUACCCGCCUAAAGAAGCGCUAUCUGACCUAUCAGAUUUACAUUGCUCUCUUGAAGUUUGACUUUUUCUUCUUCCUUGCCUUUACCGUCCAAUUUCUCGUAGUGGUCGAAAACACCAAGACUGUCGAACAAGCCCUCACGGCCGCCGCGCUCGUCAUCACCUUCUUUCUUUUGUUCCUGGCCGGAUGGUGGGUCCGCCGCGAGUCGUUUGCCGGCAUGGUGGGCAUUAUUGUCGUCUACUUCAUCGCCAUGGGCUACUUCCUGUUCAAGCUCAUCCGCAUGUACGUUGCCGACGCCGCUCGCCAGGAAGAUUACAAGCCCGCCCGCAAGUCGCUCACGGCCUUUGCCAUUCUCACCAUCCUGCUGCUCAUCUUCACCAUCGUUACGGCCUGUGUGUGCACACACAACUUCAACAAGGGCCUCAAGCCCCAUGUCAACGAUGACAAGACUGUGCAAACGGACAAGCCGUACAGCACAGAAAUGCCCUCAUUAAGCGGGCCCACCCCAGCGCAACGGAUGGAAAUUGAUUAA